AUGGAAGAAAAUGCUUUCUCGUCUCUGGCACUGGUCCAUCUGCCCACGCCAGCCCGAGUACUACGUUCCUCCUGGUGUCCGGAUAAGGACCUGCUAGUUGUCGUAACCCGACUCGGCGGCAAGGACAGAGUGAGCCUAUGGAAGAUGCAUGGCGCAAAGAAAUGGGAGGUUGGUUUUGACGCGAAUUCCACCGCUAGCAGUGACGAGGUCGUUGAUAUUUGCUGGAGCCCUGACACACAGACAAUAGCUAUAGCUCAUAAUCCUCCAAGAGUAACUUUACACUCUAUCCAAGACGGUCAUGAAGAACGAGUCCUACCGGUGUCUCUACCGCUGCAUCUCAAACCAUUGCGUCCCGUCCGCUUGAGCAACAUCUGGUGGCUAGCACGGGAGAAGCAGGAGACUUAUAGCAGUAUACCUGACAUAUUCCAAAGGGGAAACGACAUUACAGGCUCCGCGCACUCAAUCCUGAAGGGACAGCCCCUUUUGGACCCCUUGCAAGACGAAUCUCAACCGCUGACUGCGACGGACCUCUUCGCAUUUCAAGGAUCACAGACUCGCGCGGUGCCACCUUCUGUUCCGCCGGUGAUUUCGUCUUGGCCUGCGUUACCAUCGGAUAGUCUGGCUGCAUCAAUACAGCCGCAAAAACUUAGUGGCAACCAACUGCGACCUGGGGAAGAGCUAGACGAAGCGGACGAUGCCAAUGUCGACAGCAUUCUUAUGGUUUCUGACGACACUGGUCAUCUACACUGUUUCUUGGAUGGAAGCUAUCCCCUGGGCUCUGCUUUCACCGGAAUUGAGGCUCUGACAGUUUCCAUAUACAAGGAGAAGGAUUGCUUUUUUGCUCAUCCGCAAUUCAUUAGGGUUGGCAAGCCUAGCUUUACCAGCCUUAGACCGUGGGUCAUCAGACUGCCCGAGAUUCAAAGGCGUACUAUGCGGGAUGUGGCUAGGGUGUCCUCAUCCACGCGCGAACUGAACUGGUAUGCUAUGCGUGUAGUCAAAGACAUGCGAAAUGCUUGGUUCGGGUCGGAAACUCAGAAUGGUGCACGGGAACUCGGUCCUAAGUGGGUACGCGCACUGGAGGACAGGCAAAGGGACGAAUUUGGCCACGACGAGCCAUACGCCAUGGUCGACCUGACAAGUCUCCUUGCGACUGGUCGGCUAACCGAGUCAUUCGCUGAUUAUUUGGGCAGCGGGGAGCAAAUGAGCGACAGGGGUCUGCAGAAAUGGGAGUCCACCAUGGUGGAGUCCCUGAUCAAGCUCCGUGAUUACGCGGAAAAAAGGGUCGCCCCCGCUUGUCAACGCGUGCAUCUGCUUCUGGAGGAGGUCGCCGGGUGGUCUCAACUGUCGCAAUACGAGAACUGCAAGCUGAACAUUUCACAAAUCAACGGGUGUUUAGAUCUAGCGAGCCGUACAAUCGUCCUUGCUUCGUGGCUAGCCGCGACGACUCGCAAAGAGCUCGUUCGCUUCAAAGAAUUCAUGAAAUGGCUCAAGUACGAAACCACCCGUACAAAUACACCCUCCGAAUCUACGAGUCUGCCUGCCCCAAAACAUGAUAUUCUGGAGGUGAACGACUACUUGAUGGCGGGUCUGGUUGUCAGCCCAAUCGAUAAAUGGUUCAUGGGACCUGUGCCGCAAUUUGCAACCCGCGAUCUCGGCGUGCCGGGCGAUCAGCAUGAUCUCAAGGCCGUCAUGCAACGGGCCCGGGGCGUGCUCAGCAAUCAGCAGCAGACAGCUUGGCAAUCGAACAUCAAGCAGAAGGACCUGUCGUAUUUGGAUCGGAAUUUGGAUUCGCUGAUCCAGGAGCUAGCAACGCGCUGUCAGCGGAUAUUCGUCGAAGCGGCCGGCGCCACCGGGCGUUCAGCUGUCGUCGUUUCAAGUUCAACCCCUGCACAAGUACAUGACACGACGUUGUUGCGUGCCGCGGAAUCCAGGCCAUCUCCACUAAUUCGAGAGCGUACCAUAGCAGACAGCACUCAGGCGGGCACGUUUACGCAGACACUCGCUAUACAGAUUCCCCGUGAUGCCAACAAGUCCGACUUGUGUCUGGCGCGCUUGCGGUUCGCAAAGGACACCGCCUCCUCACCACUUUCAGCUGAUAUUGCCGUCAUGGAGUGUUGCGCUCCGAACGGAGAUGCAGAAUAUAAUGCCGUACCUUUCACUCUCCUUGAUGCCGACUUCUUCGACGAUAGUGUGAUCCUGCUGGUCUAUCGGUUUCAGGAACGGCCCGGACCAGCUUCCAUCGCUACUGUCGGCUACUCUGAUUUACACUACGAGACUGUCGAAUUGCAGGCACACGUAAGCGACUUUGCCAGGGAAGCACUGAUGCUGGAGGUGCUGCUGCGUCUGAGUGACGGACGGCUAUCUUCAGUCCCUGCGCCAAUCAUCCAAUCCCGCACCCUGAGUGGGUGCAAAGAAGGCAAUGCGUUCCUGGCGGCCAACGGCAGAGCCGGCCGCAGGGUUGCUUGUGUUCUAGAUGGCGCAGGACUUGCUUUAGAAAUUCUGGAUAUGGAAGGGGAAGUGGAGGAUUUGGAGGAGAUGUCCACUGUGGAGGCGUGA